AUGGACGACUUCAACACCCUCGAAGGUGACAUCAAGUCCGCACUCCUCUCCACCAUCCGCGGCGCAUCUGCUCUCGCCAGCGAAGACCUCUCUUUCCACCGAUCCCUCGAUGCGACCACGGGCCCUGCCCUCGACCGACAGAAUGCUCGCCUACUAGCUCUCGCAGAUCGUUUAGUCGGCGUCGCCACGACAAAUACUGAGAUUUCGCGACCACCGCGAUUGAAGGACCUCGAUUCAGUGGACACUAAUUGGAGAGCGAUCGUGGAUGUGGUCGAUGGCCUGCUGGAGCGAGCAGACACAGCAUUGGACGAAUUCACCGGCGCCGUGAAGAGAUUGAGUCCUGCUGCUGAUCAGACACAGCCUGCAAAGCCCUCCAGGUCCAAAACAUUCGGCACUUCAACAACCAACCACCACAUCGAGAAACCGCAGCUCCUCUUUGACCAUCCUCCCACGAACACCGAGCAGAGCCCAUUCAAACCCCUUCUUCAAAGCAAACCUCACGCGUCCUUUCCACUCGAGACUGAACCAAUUGCUUCCGACGAUGAUACCAGACUAGCAUACCCGCAUCCAUACCAACUUGAGAUUGAACAAUACCGAUACCCAUCCUCCGUCUACACACACAGCGAACCGAUCCCAUACCACCCCUUCGAAACCACGACCGCAACCUUUGUCGAUACGGAGGAGUCAUUGGCAGAAAUGCUAGAAGAGUUGAAACAGGCCAAGGAGAUUGCCAUCGAUUUGGAGCACCAUGACAAUCGAUCGUACAUUGGAAUCGUCAGCCUCAUGCAGAUCAGCACGAGGGACAAGGACUGGAUUGUGGAUACCUUGAAACCAUGGCGACGAAAGCUGCAAUGCCUGAAUGAGGUUUUUGCAAAUCCCACCAUCGUCAAGGUCUUGCAUGGAGCUUUCAUGGAUGCCAUCUGGCUGCAGCGAGAUCUCGGCCUUUAUCUGGUAGGACUUUUCGACACACACUACGCCUGCAGAGCACUCGGAUAUGCCGGUGGAAGUCUUGCCUUCCUGCUAAAGAAGUUCGCCGACGUGGAUGCACAAAAGCAGCACCAGAUGGCGGAUUGGCGAGUGCGCCCAUUACCAAAGGAGCUGUUCGAUUAUGCCAGAAGCGACACCCAUUAUCUCCUCUACAUCUUCGACUGUAUGCGGAAUGAGUUGAUUGAGCGGUCCGAUUUCUCCAAACCUGACCACGAGGGCGACAAAUUGUGGGACGUCCUGCAGAAGAGCACCGAGGUCGCGCUGCAGCGAUAUGAACACCCCCAGUACGAUGCAGAGCUUGGUCAGGGAGCUAUGGGUUGGUACAAAUUACUUUCAAGAACUCCGGCACUGUUUUCUCCGGAGCAGUUUGCCGUCUUCAAGGCGGUCCACCACUGGCGUGACAGGGUGGCCAGAGAGCAGGAUGACAGCAUUCACUUCGUCAUGCCGAAUCAUCAGAUUUUCAGCCUCGCCAAGGCCAUGCCUCCGACGCGUCUCGCUCUGAUGGGUAUUGCGCAGCCUACCACGCAGACAGUCCGUCUGCGAGCAGAUGAGCUUCUGAGCGUAAUCGUCAGAGCGCAAGAAGCUGGAAAGAAUGGCCCGGACAUGAUGGAGACCCUCGGCAGAGUUGAGCCUCAAUUGCCAACAAGGACGAUUGCAGCGCAGAAGGCUCUCGCGGCUCAAAGUUUGGCAACGCAGCAGAGCAGUGUGACCAAGAUCACACCACCGACAUCGACAGUGCCCAUUCGCACGCCAUCAUCCUCUUUUUGGGGAGGCGCUUUCGAGAGCUCCGCUUGGGAUCGCGGGUCGUUGACGACGCCUGGAAAUGGCAUAUCUCUUUCUGUACCACUACCUCCACUGACCGCAGAGAUCUUCGCCGAUCAGUCAGAAUUCCUUGCAUCAGCAGCCGCGGAGGAGAUUGUCACUGAACCAGAUGACACCCAAAUGGAACCAGAGGAGGAGGCCAGCGAGUCCACCUUUGUCCUCAAAGACCUUGCCCGAAAACGGAAGCGCGCGGAUGCAAACGAGCCACAAGACAACAUGGCCGCGCAAUCAGAUGAGGUGCCCAUAUCUCUCGACUUCAACGAGGAGGCCGAGCGAGCGCAGGAAAAGGCUGCACGAAAAGCUGCGAAAAAAGCUGCAAAACGCGCUGCUAAGCUAUCUGGGACUUCAGAAGGUGAUGGCGACAUGGGUGAGACCCAAGACGCAGGCGAGGAAGAUGAGGAGGCUUUCGACUACGCUUCCGCUCCGAGUUUGCUCAACCCACCGCGGGACAACCUGACCAAGAAGGAGAGAAAGAAAAAGGAGAAGCAGGUCAAUCCGUAUGCCAAGUCACUGGAUGCGGCAAAGGGCCUGCCCAGGACGCAGAAGGAGAGAGCGGGGAAGAGCAUGACUUUCCGGAAGUGAGGCUGUCUCAGAGGAACGGACAGCAAUGUGCAUAUUUAGACCAUCAGUUUAGCGAAGGCGUUGGGGUUGGAAUGAAGUCGAGGCUUUCGACGGCAGGUACGCCUUGUGGGACACUCGAGAUUUGCUCGAGCGAUUGCAUCUGUACGAUACUCAUCAAACGCGCACUGGCAUGGUCGGGCCAACGUCGGGCAGACUGAGGCUUUCUACGCUUGCGGCGCCCACAGCGCUUUUCGCAACAUCUCAUACAUCUCAUGUCGCCGACUUAACAACGGUCGUCUCAUCACAUCAUGUCUCCCGCUUUUUGCCACCAUCUCCGCAUCACACCAGUCUCACAACGCCGAGAGCGAACUGUCCAGUUUCCUCUCAUCCCGCAAACGGCCCAACAACUCCACUGCCUUAUCCAGCGGAAUCAACUCGCCCAUCUUCUGCGUAGCAGGAUCAUCUCUGUUCCGAAUGUUCACGGACCUCGACUCCUUCUCCUGCGCGCCGACCACGAAGAUGAAGUUGUACUGCUGCAAUUGGCCCGUGCGAAUCUUCUUUUGCA